AUGUUGGAUUCUAUGCGCCCCUCGAGCGAGCCAUUGCAAAGCCGCAUCAACACAGAAGACCCUUUUACGGGUUGUGCUGAGUCUGAGACAACAAAGUCUCUCUCCACGCGUCAUUGCGACCAGUCUCCACGCCGGCCUAGAUCGUCACAACAAGGCCGAAUCAGUCAGGCAGCUUGUGCCUAUCGCAGGCAAUCUAAGCCUGAAUUCGAUAAUAAUACCUCUGAGGAGAUGCUUCCGCAGCAGCAAGACGAAGCAGAGAAUAUCAAUAGCAAUGGCAAUGGACUACAACAGUCAGACGAAAAGACGGCGAGGGUAGCGCCAGUAACUGAAAUGGGCGACGAACUCCAUCUCCCCGCGAGUGUGAUUAGAAGGACCAGCUUAGCCAAGCGCCACAGGAUCCUCACCCCCCGCAGUCUAUCCCUGGAGCCAAGCCUAGAACAAGCGACAAGCAACAGCGACAACUACAGCGACAACUACAGCGACGACGAGCUCAGUACCACCGAAGCUGAGUCAGACGAGAGCGACCGGAGGCGAUGCCCUACUAAGCGGAAGCGGCCAUUCUCAUCUUACGUUAGCCCAACGCAACGGAAGCGUGGGCAGCAUCUUCAGCUUGAAUCUACCCAGCAGAGAAGAAAUUGCUUCCCGCAGAGGCACCCAGCCUGCAAAGGUGACAGCCAACUACCCUCGCCACCCCAUUCUUCUCUGGACCGCGGCGCCCUCAGCGAAUCAUCCAAACAUACCCGGCCACUACUAACUGAGGUCACAUUCCGUCCCUAUUCUCCGGAUUACUAUUCCUUUUCGGCGCUCAUUCAGGACGAUCGUGACGAGCCGGAAUUCACUUUCGGCCAAUUCUCUAAACUCGUCGAGUGCGUCGGCCAUGCCGGGAAUACCAAGGACCUCACGAUAAAGCAGCUAAAGCAACACUUGUUCUUGGUGACUGGUUUUAGCCGGCGUACGUCUUCCCGCCCUUCUCAAAGUGGGAGGACUGUAAGGUCUACUACAAACGCAUGCCUCGUCCCGCUAAGUGCAGGGCGUACCCUGGCAGACAAAGGCCGUAGCGCGAGCACUUUUCCAUCACAGCGGCGAGAGGCGUCAAGCCGCAUCGUUGACUAUAGUUUUGGCGACGGUUCGAGCGAGGAUGAACUGGGACGUUCGGACAAGAGAAAGUAUAGUCAAUGGUUAGCGUCAAGCAGGUCUGAUGUCGAUGGUUUUGGCGACGGUAAUCCUAAUACCGGUAGCGAUGGUGAUGCAUAUUCGAGCGAGGAUAAUGUGGGCCGUUCGGACGAUAGGAAAUACAGUGAAUGGUCACCGCUUGACAAGCAGCGCUUAUCAGCGUACAAGAAGGAGGGCAAGACUUGGGAGUGGAUCUUCAGCAAGUUCCCGGGCAGGACUAAGGGCGCAGUACGCACGCGCUGGAGCACAUUGCAGCCGAGGGUAAAAUAG